AUGGGCCGAACCCCACACAGAGAUCAAAAAGAGGAGAAGGAGAGACGAAGCAGCAUCACAGCCGGUUCUGCCCUUGACAAGUCUAAUGAACCGUUCAGUUGGGAAGACUAUCUGAGAGAAACGUCCUCCAUUGCUGCAUCGCCUACUUGCUUCAAACAGUCCAGGGUCCCCCCCUCCAAUGACUUUAAAGCAGGUAUGAAACUGGAGGCGCGGGACCCUCGCAACUCGAACUCCGUGUGCAUUGCAACGGUGAUGGGGAUGAUGGGUACUCGUCUACGACUGCGCCUGGACGGCAGUGACAACACCAACGACUUCUGGAGACUGGUCGACUCGUUAGACAUCCAGCCAAUAGGAACCUGCGAGAGGAACGGAGACAUGCUGCAGCCACCGCUGGGUUUCAGGAUGAAUGCCUCCUCGUGGCCCAUGUUCCUCCUGCGGACGCUGAGUGGGGCGGAGAUGGCCCCAUCCUCUGCUUUUAAAAAGGAACCAGCCAGCCCUGCUAAAAACUACUUCCAGCCUGGCAUGAAGCUGGAGGCGGUGGACAGAAAGAACCCCUACCUGAUUUGUCCCGCCACAGUGGGAGAGGUCAGAGGUCAGGAGAUCUUCGUCAUGUUCGACGGCUGGCGAGGCGCCUUCGACUACUGGUGCCCCUUCGACUCCAGAGACAUCUUCCCCGUCGGCUGGUGUUCCCUGACAAAACACAGCUUACAGCCACCUGGAAACUUCUUUACCCUUCCUAGUGCUCUCCUUGCUCCUGUUUCUUCCACCUCAGCCUCCCUCACUACACGCCGCUCCUCUUCCAACUCCUCCUCCUCCAUGCAGACCUCAUACCGACUGCCCAACCCCUUGCCACCCCUCCCAGUACGCAAGGGUGUCCGAGGUCGUCGUCCAAAAUCCCAGACUAUUGCUUUGUUGAAGGCGGCGGCUGAGGCUGCGGCAGCGGCAGCAGUUAAUGGAGCAUCGCAGAGCCCUGCCAGAACUGGCUCUGAGGCUCAACUGGCCCCCAGACCACACAAGAAGAGAGGGCCCAAGCCUAGGAGCAAGAAGAAGCCUCGAGUGGUGCAAUCUCUUGGGACGCCAUCAGUUACAGCUCCGCCUCCAGAGACCCGACUGAGCUCCAGCCACGUCUCUGCAGACAACAACUAUAGCAACGGCUCAAAUGUAGUUUGCACAGUGUGCGUCUACGUGAACAAGCAUGGUGACUAUGGCCCGCAUCUUGACCGAAAACUGGUGCAGCAGCUCCCGGACCACUUUGGUCCUGCUCCAGUCAACGCAGUGCUUCAGCAGGCGGUUCAGGCCUGCGUGGACUGUACCUACCAGCCCUCUGUGCUGCUGUCCUUCCUACAGAGCCAGUCCCACACAGGAGGGGAGGUCAUCAGAGUGCGGUCAGAACAUGGCAUCCGCUACGUGAAGCUGCCCUCCGUCUCCAGUACGUCUUCUGUGCUGCGGUUCCUGGAGAACAUGUGUCAACAUCUGGAGAGCGACAGCCUGUUCAGCUCUCAGCCAUUCAGCCCCUUCAACAACAACAACAACGCACGCUUCUACAAUAGGACCAAGUCAGAACCACUGUCUCACACAGAGAACGGCGUGUCCAAGGACGAUUCCACAAAGGAUCCUGCCCCCAGCAGCCGCUCUCUUCACAGCGCACCAGACUACAGAGCAGCAAAGAAGGAGCGGCCGUAUCACCCUGGACAGACACACACACCGCCCCCCCUGCGACGCGUCAGCUCCAACCCGACCGAACUUGGCCCAAUGUGUGCACACAGACGAGUGGAAGCAGCGAGCUCAACAACAGGCCCAGACCAUUUGAAACAGGACAAGGAGGGUUCAGGGAACGACGCCUCUUCCUGGUCAGUGGACGACGUCAUACGGUUUGUCCAAGAGGCUGAUCCCCAAACUCUCGGCCCACACGUCGAACUUUUCAGGAAACACGAGAUUGAUGGCAAAGCUCUGAUGCUGCUGCGCAGUGAUAUCAUUAUGAAGUAUAUGGGACUGAAGCUGGGCCCGGCGCUCAAACUCUGCCAUCACAUCGAGAAGCUGAAACAGACCAAACAAUAGAGGAAGAAGGCACUCUCUUUACUCACUGGCAUCACACAACGCAUAUUAUUCUACGCAGGGACGCAGGGACGCAGGGCAGUGUCAAUCCACCUGAACCAGGGUCGUAGCGACCAUCGAGGACACUGAGGUCAAGUCCUUUGUACAUUUUUUUUUCCAUUUGAGUUUUUUAGCAACCUGCAGGGAAUCUUCAAAUAAAAACUUACACGGUCGUUUUAUGAACUGGUUCUAAUAUUUGUAGAAUCAGGCUGUUUAACUUUGACCAUUUUCUGGUCAAUAACAAGUGAAUCAAUAGAAUUUUAUUCUUCGUGGUGUAGAGAGGGUUGUGAAACAGCAUUUAGACGGUCAUGCUGGUAAAUAAAAGUAUAAAAUACCAGGAAAGUAUAAAUAAACAGUCAAAGCAACAUUAUGUUAGAAUUGGUAUUAACAAUUUGGUGCUACAACAGUUUCAGAUUGCAAUUCACUUACAGGCAACUGUCAUAAAUAUUUACAGCUGUACACGUGCAUUUGUUAUGAGAACAUUACUUAUGAUCAGUCUGAUCUGAACACAUUUAUUGUUGAAUUUACAGACCAUAGUUUGUUAGUCACCUUUAAACAGAUAGACAGUACAUCAUCAGUAAUUCAUCAUCUGCAUAAGAAGUAUUAGGUAACUGCGCGUAGGCAUUUUUUUGCCUUAUUAUGAAAAAUGGGAGGCCACAAUUUAACUUUUACUUUGCCUCGACAUUUCUACUUUUAGACACGCACACGCAGACACACACUUUAUCUCUCCAGAUAUCUGGCUGCCGACGUAUUUUUUCACUCCUGGUCAGAAUUUCAGGAUCGACGCUCUGCACACAAUAUUGGGAAGUUAGUUCAGGUACUGGCAGUGAACGUCUCGCUGCAUCAUUUCGCACAAUGCAAUAAAGUUUGUGAAUGACUGCGUAUUUUGCAGACUGUCAAAUUUAGUUUAUGCAAGCCAGUGAAUGUAUGAAGUCGGGAGCACUAUUACGAGCAGGUGCUCAACAACAGGAGUGCCCCAGUUACGUGACUGAGAUGUGUUGAGGGGUUUCAAUCCAAAAGUACAAAGAUCAUAAAUGAAGCAGAGUGGGCACCACUUUUAUUUAAUGGUGGAUAUGUUAUUUUGGAAGAAAACCUUUCAUUAGUUGUGAUCCAACAGGACAGGCUGUAGAGGUAGAAAAUCAGUUACCGAGGAGUUAUUUCCCUUUCAUUUGUGUCUGUUUUGUGUGCAGGAAGUUGAACGGUUUCAGGCUGAGCCCUGACGUAGCUACAUGACUGUACUAUGCUUCGAUGGUCACACUAUCAAACACACAUGAGAUAUACAUAUACAGUGACUGGAAUACUGUAAGUGUUGACAUUAAAAUAAAGACAAUGCCAUUAACGGUCUAGUUUGAGUGCUGUACAGAGCGUUAAAGUGUUCCCGAGAGAGUACACGUUAGAGAAGCUGUUUUGUAUAAAGUCAAGCCAAAAGGUUGUUUUUUGAUAUCAUUUUGUACUGUAACGAAGUGUAUCAGCCUGUAUCAAGCGUAAGUGUAAUCAAAUUUUUUUCUGCCUGAAAUAGUUUUCGUGUGCACCAUCAAAUAACUACCUACAGGACGAUGUUGUGUCUGAGUGAUUAUUCACAUGUCUCAAAAUAUUUAUCUGUUUUCAGCGGCAGAAAUACAGAUUUUCUGAACAUUUCAGAACCAUUUUCAAACCAAAUCACGUGUGUUGUAGCUGCAUUUCACACUGUUGCUCUCCUGUAGUGGUGACAAGUUGAUACUUGAAACCGUCUUGCUUUAAUGUGAAACUCAGGUUUUUAGUAGGGGUUGUUUCUUAGAAGAUGGUUUACAUCAUUAGCAUUUUGUGUUCAUUCCUACAACAUAGAGGGACUGCACAAUAACCGACUAUGUAUAUUUUUUAUGCCUUGUCAUCUGUCGCUCUGCAGCAUUUCAUGUGUAUAUAUACGACUUUUUACUGUAUGUUCAACAAAAGAUGUUUGUUAAAUAUGUUUGAUAUGUAUUCACACAAUUAAACAUU